CCCUGGUAGCCAAUCAGAUCGCGGGACUGGCGGCAGGUCGUCGCGUAGCGCUCGCGGAGGAUCAGACGCUCCAUAUUUAGCUCGAGCGAGUCUCUGGCUGUCAGAAAACCUCAAGACAGAGUUGAACUCCAACUCAUUUCAACUCGCCUCAGGCGAAGCGCUACAAAACCUAGCGAGCUAGAAAAGUCACCAGCUUCACAGACGGAUUUAUCGGUGGUCGGGGACUUUGAGAGAAGACGAUUUAUUACGGGAUUUUAAUUCCUCUCAGACGGGGAAUGUAGCUUAGCUGGUUAGCCCGAUCACUAGCGGUAGCAGGCUAGCUGUGUGUCGAAGAGUGAAGGCGGCGUUAGUGCACUUUUCCGACGUAAUAACGAUAUAACAUCUCAACAGACCGCCACGGGGUUCCCUGAGACGCGUUUGUGAAGGCGUCGCCGUCACAGAAACAGCGAUUCGGUGCUGUUUCGUGGAGGUUGACUGGGAACUUCUCGCUUUAGCGGGCUGGCUAGGCUGGCCGUCACGUCAAUCUGUCAGUCGAACCUAAAAUCCGGACCAGAUAGGGAUCCAAACUGGGGAGGAGGGAGUGACACGAAACUUCCCCUUGAGGUCCGGAGGGCCCCUUUUGAUAUUGGAGCUUUUAGGAAGCCGUUUUUGGAAGGGAUUCGAACCCACAACCCGCGAGGAGACACUUGGUCCGGUUGUCACAACCGGUUCGGGCGGCCGAGGGGACUUAUUCUAGGUCCGACUGUCUGAAGUUCGUCUACUGCGGGCCGGGGACGGAACCGGACAGAGACCUCAUGAAUGGAAAUCGGCACUACAGGAGACGUUGGGGCCCAGCCCCUGUUCUCAGUGCCUCGGAGGCCCGGCUAUGGCACCAUGGGGAAGCCCAUCAAGCUUCUGGCCAACUGCUUCCAGGUGGAGAUCCCCAAGAUGGACGUCUACCUCUACGAGGUGGACAUCAAACCCGAGAAGUGUCCUCGGCGUGUGAACCGGGAGGUCGUGGACUCCAUGGUGCAGCACUUUAAGGUGACCAUCUUUGGGGAUCGAAGACCAGUUUAUGAUGGAAAGAGAAGUCUCUACACAGCAAACCCACUGCCCGUGGCUCCCGCAGGGGUGGAUCUGGAUGUCACACUGCCAGGGGAGGGGGGCAAAGACCGUCCCUUUAAGGUGAUGAUUAAGUUUGUUUCCCUGGUGAGUUGGCACUUGUUGCACGAGGUACUGACGGGUCGCAGUAUGGCUGAGCCCCUGGAGCUAGACAAGCCAAUCAGCACCAACCCUGUUCACGCCGUGGACGUUGCUCGCCACCUUCCCUCCAUGAAGUACACACCAGUGGGCCGAUCCUUCUUUUCCGCCCCAGAGGGCUAUGACCAUCCUCUGGGUGGGGGUAGAGAGGUGUGGUUUGGCUUUCAUCAGUCUGUCCGACCAGCCAUGUGGAAGAUGAUGCUCAACAUCGAUGUUUCUGCCACAGCUUUCUACAAGGCACAGCCAGUAAUUCAAUUCAUGUGUGAAGUUUUGGACAUUCACAAUAUUGACGAGCAGCCUCGGCCACUCACAGACUCCCACAGAGUCAAAUUCACCAAAGAAAUCAAAGGACUGAAGGUGGAGGUGACACACUGCGGAACCAUGCGGAGGAAGUAUCGGGUCUGUAAUGUGACCCGCCGGCCUGCCAGCCAUCAAACGUUUCCCUUGCAGUUGGAGAAUGGUCAAACUGUAGAACGAACCGUAGCCCAGUAUUUCAGAGAAAAAUACAGCCUGCAGCUGAAAUACCCUCAUCUGCCCUGUCUACAGGUGGGCCAGGAGCAGAAACACACCUACCUGCCUCUGGAGGUCUGCAAUAUUGUAGCGGGGCAACGUUGUAUCAAGAAACUGACAGAUAAUCAAACAUCCACCAUGAUCAAAGCCACGGCACGUUCAGCUCCCGACAGACAGGAGGAGAUCAGCAGACUGGUACGCAGCGCUAACUAUGAAGCAGACCCCUUUGUGCAGGAGUUCCAGUUUAAAGUGCGAGACGAGAUGGCUCACGUGACCGGGCGCGUGUUACCCGCACCCAUGUUGCAGUACGGGGGCAGGAACCGCACCGUGGCUACACCCAGUCACGGCGUGUGGGAUAUGAGAGGAAAACAGUUCCACACGGGUGUGGAGAUCAAGAUGUGGGCCAUCGCUUGCUUCGCCACACAGAGACAGUGUAGAGAAGAGAUUCUCAAGGGUUUCACAGACCAGCUGCGUAAGAUCUCAAAGGAUGCUGGGAUGCCCAUUCAGGGUCAGCCGUGUUUCUGUAAGUAUGCACAGGGAGCAGACAGUGUUGAGCCCAUGUUCAGACACCUGAAGAACACGUACUCUGGACUUCAGCUCAUCAUCGUCAUCCUGCCGGGAAAAACCCCCGUCUAUGCUGAAGUGAAGCGUGUUGGAGACACUCUUCUGGGAAUGGCCACUCAGUGUGUGCAGGUGAAGAACGUGGUGAAAACGUCUCCUCAGACGCUCUCCAACCUCUGCCUCAAGAUCAACGUCAAGCUCGGCGGCAUCAACAAUCUGGUGCCACAUCAACGACCGUCAGUAUUCCAGCAGCCUGUCAUCUUUUUAGGGGCGGACGUCACUCAUCCUCCUGCAGGAGACGGGAAGAAGCCCUCCAUCGCGGCGGUGGUGGGUAGUAUGGACGCCCAUCCGAGCAGAUACUGUGCCACAGUGCGUGUUCAGCGACCCAGACAGGAAGUAAUUCAGGACCUGGCAUCUAUGGUUCGAGAGCUGCUGAUCCAGUUUUACAAGUCCACCCGCUACAAACCCACAAGAAUUAUCUUCUACAGGGACGGCGUGUCUGAGGGGCAGUUCAGACAGGUGUUGUACUAUGAGCUGUUGGCCAUCAGAGAGGCCUGUAUCAGUCUGGAGAAGGAGUACCAGCCUGGCAUCACGUAUAUAGUGGUGCAGAAACGCCACCACACACGCUUGUUCUGUGCCGACCGCAAUGAAAGGGUGGGUCGUAGUGGAAACAUUCCUGCCGGUACGACAGUAGAUACAGAUAUCACACACCCCUACGAGUUUGACUUUUACCUCUGCAGUCAUGCUGGAAUACAGGGCACGAGCCGACCGUCUCACUACCACGUCCUGUGGGAUGACAACUGCUUCACUGCGGAUGAGUUCCAGCUGCUCACUUACCAGUUGUGCCACACGUAUGUGCGCUGUACCCGCUCCGUCUCCAUCCCUGCGCCAGCCUACUAUGCCCAUCUGGUGGCCUUCCGUGCCCGCUACCACCUGGUGGACAAAGAACACGACAGCGCGGAGGGCAGCCAUGUCUCCGGGCAAAGCAACGGCCGGGAUCCACAGGCGCUUGCUAAAGCUGUGCAGAUUCACCACGACACCCUGAGGACCAUGUACUUUGCCUAAACCAGCUCAGAUUCAGCCCGUCUUCAAGUAGUCACACACACAACCGUCGACCACAUACACACCAUCGACUCCUGCGGACGGAAGCCCGGCCCACCUCGCCCAGUAAAUGUGGACCUGACACUGUGCAGCAGGAAGACAGGGCCCACGCUUUAAUUCCACAUGUGGACCUCUGCACUAUUAUGCAAUAUCAAACCAGCCAAACGAGGCCGUUCUGUCACAUCCCCUCCAAAUCUUUGACGACAACCAAAAGGGAAGCUCUUCUGUGUCCUCCACGUUUAUUCACUUCCCCUGCCUGUCACGUCUAGUACCUCAAGGUUUUCUAACGGCACUUUCCCCCUGUGUCCCGGCCUUCUCCGAGGACGAGUUCAGAUCGGAAGCAGACUGAGCAUGACAGAAAGGAAGAUGUCCGAAGAGGAAAUGCUCACAUGGAUGUACUCCUCUCCCGAUCUCAAUUAUUUUUGUAGCCAAUGGUGACUUAACUAAGUGUAUAAGUGUCAGUUGUGAAGAACCAAUUGUGCGUUAGCAUACGAAAAGAGAAAAUCAAGCUUUUAUCAUUAGAGAAGUGCCAUCGCCGGGCAUAGGUCCCUGCCGGACAUUUCAUUUUAUCGCAAAUUUUAUGCUCUACCUGGGGUGGCUCCAAACACCGUCUGUGAGCUUUUACUUACGCCAACGCAAAGUGAUCAUGUGUUUUAAUGUAUACUUUCAAUUGUGUUCUUUUUCAUUUUGGAAACGCCCAAAUUCCCUCCAGUAUUUGUGUUGACGAAAAGCAGAUGUGUCCUGUCCGCUGCUCCGUUCAGCACAUGUUCAGAUGUUGCUAUCGUACAGUAGUUUAGUGCAAUAAUCCGUUAGCCGGAUGACAUUACCUCCUGUGCUCAUGCUUUGUGUGCGAUUAGAAGAAAACGUUACGGCAGGAGCGAGCGAGCGGGGAAUGGCCAUUGUGCUUGAUGCUUUUUUUAAGGUUGUCAGAGAUGUGGCACGUUUGAUUUUAUUCGUGGUGUUUCAUGGCGUGUUAAUAAGUGCCUGCUUUCGUAAAUGGUUGAUGUUGGGUUUGGUCGAUCAAAAGUCGGAAAUAAUAGACCCCUCAAUAAGUCCAAGCAGGGGCACAGUUGCGAUCACAUUCGACUGUAUGGCCUUAAAGAUUUCUUAAGAUGCGGUGUGAUCGUGCCGGUCCAGUUGUACACUUAACUUAUGUUUUUGUUCAGCAUCUCAGUUGUCACUGCCCUGCCUGUUCAAAGGAUUACGCUGCUAUUUGUACAUGUUAAAGUAGACCGGCGGGCUCCAUGCUUCAGUCGGCCUGCGGACGAGAGACAGAUCGUCCACUCCGGGCUCAUGUUUGUAGGUGCCUGUUAUUCACUGAAGGGCCACUAGAUGUCAGUAUCGUGUCUAACUUGAAGAGCGUGUCAGUGAGCGUGGGUGCUUUAAUGUCUUUCUCAGCGCCCUGUCUGAAGCAUGUCCACCGGAUGGUUUUCUGCACUAAACAUUGCGUGAUGUACGGUGCUAUCAGAAAUCGGAUAGAGACUUCAUUGGUAAGAUGGGAUCAUGUUUUAUGAUGGUGCUGGUCGUGUGUUUUUUCUCUCUCGCCAGGACAGACAUUUGUUGUUUAUUUUUCUGUGUUUGUUUAUUUGUGUUUUGUUUUAAUGCAUUGAACGGUACAACACUAUGGCCAGUCAGAAUGAAUUUACGGUUAAACGCACAUAGCACUAAAAAAACGAAUCACUUCAAAUCUUAUCCAUACCAAUUUUAGUCCAAACACGAGGUCUAGUAUAGUUUUUUGAUUAUGCAAUUACAUUUUUGAGAUUGAAAUAAGUCCUGGAAGGAUUUGAAUGAGGAAUGCAUUUAGGUGAAUGUUUGUGCUCCGGCACGAGGUUAUGAGAGGUAAGCAAAGAUUCAGCUUCUGACAUUGUGCCCGUUUUAUUAGACCUUCCGUCAUGAAACCACUACUGGUGCUUCAGAGCCUCACAGAAAACAAGGUUGGAAGUAAAAUCGUUUGUGUGGGAAUGCCAAAUAACCGUCAUUUUUUCAUGUAAAUCUAUAUAUUACUAAUAGUUGCCUAAAUAUGUCUUGUUUGGCCGAGAAUAAAAAUGCUUUUAAUCUUGCCAUAAUGUCAUCACAAACAUGAGUGAUGUUUUAGUCUUCCAGGCCUUUUAAUAGUUCUGCUGUUAUUUUCGAUUUGUCAUGUGUGAACAUACUCAAACUUAAUAUAACCCGAUUUGUCAUGUGACGACACGCAUCAAAUGGCAUUCAGCACCACUGAUGUCACGAUGCGCUUUUAAGAUAUUUUUAUUUGUGACCAUGAAUUACAAUUUUCUCAAAUUAACGACAUCAAACUGUCAUGUUAUCCCAUAUAUUUUCUUUUUGCAGUCAAACUGCAUAUUUCUUGAACGCAAGGAAUAAAGUCCGAAGUGACAUGAUGGCGAGAUCAUUUUUAUUUCCGCUCAAACUGUUUGGAAAGGUUUGGACGGAUGAUGGCAAAGAAACUGGUUUUGGUGAACGUUGAAGGCUUUGUAUUGUGUUUAUGGAAAGAUCGUAGCGUUUGCUUGAACGUGUUGCCUGUUGUAGCUUCCGUUAUCUUGGUGAAGGUGGGUCUUUACGUGUAAGGCCACUUCUAAACCAGAUGCUCCGUUUUCACCUCGUCUUCGUCCAUGAUUUAGGGGAGGGUCUUCUUUUAGGGUCGAACACGUAACAUGACGUUCAAAGUUCAUAGAAAGUGCCUUUCUUCUCGAUGGUGCUGAUGUAUCAGAAACUAAAGAGUAUAUUAGUCUUACCUUGAUGAAGGUGCGCACAUGCAAACACACAACACCUUUGGACUUUGAUAGCGAGACGAUAUAUUAGCGUGACGAUAUAUGCCAAGUACAUGAGCGAAGGGUUGAGCUCUCUAUCAUACUGUAUUAGAGAUUUGGACCAACGGAGGUGUUUUCAGGGCCAGAAUGGACACAACAUAGCCAGACCUUUGACAGCCUAGCAUAGCACUUUAUAGACUGCCAUCCGAACGGAAAACAAAGUCGGUGUGCUUUGCUUUCCUUCUUUAAACCCUCGUAAGCCCCUUUGUGUCGUAUUACAGCAAAAGAUGCUCUCUUGUAUUUGAAAUCUUUGCUGUUGCAGGUUCACGCGGAUGUCUCACUACGCCUCUAUAAAAGAGGUUUUUGUUUUUAGUGGCCUAUGGAUCUCUGCCCCACGUGAGAUGCACACAGUAUAUGUUUUCUGUGUGACCCGCGUGGCUUGUGUUUGUUGUUGGUCCAGGGAAAUGUACCUCGAUGACAGAUUUCAACACACCGCACCUCACUUACCUUGGUAUGCUGCAAAUGUUAAGAGUGAAAUGAGCUGCAGAUGGGUGAACGUCACAAACACCCGCUCAUAUUUUACACCAUUCAAUUAUCAAGGAGAUUUGAAGGACAUAGCAUUGGGACGUUUGUUUGAGUGACAAUUAAGCAUCUUUUAUUUUCUCUUUAAGAUUUGUACCGAUUUGAAAGAUCAUUGCUAUUUCCAUUUUAACAUAAGGCUUUGGGUCAGACUAGAAUCCCUCCAAUAUGGAAAAAAAAAACCACCGCUUAAUUGUCAUGAAAAUGCCACGAUGCAAAAAGUCCUAAAAACAGACUUCAUACCUGGAAAAUAGAAUGAAAACAUGAGCCGGACUUGUUAAGAUGAACCCAGAUAUUACUUUGAUGACAGUAUAAUGCUUGACUAAUGCCUGACAAUAUCUUUAACACUUUUAAAGAAAUCUAGUUGUAAGAAAUAUAUAGUUUUUAAAUCAUAACAAGUGUCGUAUCGUUCGUUAUUGAGCCAACUUUUAUUUUAUUGUCAUAUUUAAAUGUUUAUUUCUUUUAAUAUAUUGGAAAUAUAUAUGGGAAAUAUUUAACGGUGUAUUUAUUGAGGAAGUGCUUCAUGCGGCAUGUUGGGGGCGUGACGCCCGCGUCCCAACCUUUGACUUCCUCUGACACACACAAGCACAACCACAGAGCGGGCAGCGAGGGUGCCCUAGGAGGAGGUCGAUGUGUUUGACAUCACUUCCUCUUUAGCCGACGUGUGUCGACCCCGCAUCCAAAACUCAUCUUUCCAGUAGAGAGGCUCGUCGCACCCGCUCGUGCAUCUCAUCUCUUUAAGGGACGUAGAACCACACUGACUCGGUUAUUUUAAAGAAAAAGCUGAUUGAUGUUGUUGUUUUUUGUUAUCCGGAGCUGCUAAACUCUCAGCCAUACAACUUUCCCUGGCUUGUGGGUGAACAGGAAAGAUGUUUCGAUGCGUCUGGUGCUUUAAUGGAGCAGGUGUUAUUUGUCUUUCAUAAUUUGCUUGGGUUUUAUUUGUCCUCGUGCCAGAGUCUUUUGAAGCGAGGGGUCCCAUUCCACUCAGAUAUACACGUAUAAAUAUACAGUUUAUAUAUAAUGAGCCUCAGCCUUAACUGUACACUUUUACUUUCAGAUGUGACCCAAGAUGUCUGUCAAGCGCCUUGCGUAGCAUACUAACUCUCUUAUGGCAUCUCGGUUCUUUUGUUGUUUUAACCACUAACUGUGCGACGAGUCCAUAACCCUCGACACAAGCGUCGCUCCUAGACUAACAAGAGCAGACGUCUGAACGCACAAGACCUCGGCCUGUGUCUCGUGGCGUCAUAUCCUAGAAGGACAGAGGCAUCGAGCUCCGGCCAAGCUGGUGACAGAAUGCACGUCGAUUCCUCAAAAUGUUUACAAAACGGUUUACUGAAACGUCAAGCUCCAGCAUUCCAAAAAAAUGGACUGUGAACCAUUCAAUGAAGACGAAUGGAAAGUCUGUCCGUUCCCAAUUUCAGUGCUCACCCCUACUUUCAUUUUCUGUGCGGUGUCUCUUGGUACGAACACUUGCAUCGCCUGAUUGUCGCUGUCUUUUGAUGCAACCGAAAGAGCCAAAGUACAGUCGUUCCUUUCCGUCGAGUCGGGAUGGCGUGUUCAAUCCGACCGCAGUGAUUCUCAAUAUCUCCUCUCGUAACACCAGGAGCUCUAUGGCUUUGUCCUCUCUUCUCUCUCUCUGAUGUACCAAGGGAUCCUUCUUUUACCUUGAAAUGUCUUUCUUUUGUUUUGUAAUACUCUCUUUGUAGAUCAAUGGCCUUUUAGUGUUGCUUUGCUUCAGUUUGGAGUGUAUCUUUCACUAAUACUUGCAAUAAAAAGCUUUGCUUUUCAAACCGA